AUGGCGAUCGAGACGGAGCCCGCCGCGCCGCCCGACCUCCUGGGCCCCCCGGUAGUGCGCGGCGCGCGCCCGCCCGCCGACCCCGCGUCGCACCCCUUCCUCGACCUCCUCGACGCGGCCUUCAACGCGCCGUCGGACGCGGAGAUCAAGGCGGCGCUGACGCUGACACCGUGGCGGGCACGGGCGCUGACGCCGUGGCGGGCGCUCACGGAGAACUACUCGCUCGCGUACGCCAACUCGGGCAACCCCUGCCUCGACUUCUUCUUCCAGGUGGUGCCCGACACGCCAGCCGAGCGCGUGCGCGGCCUGCUCGCCGCCGCCUGGGCCCACGACGCGCUCACGGCGCUCAAGCUCGCCUGCAACCUCCGCGGCGUCCGCGGCACCGGCAAGUCGGACAAGGAGGGCUUCUACGCGGCCGCGCUCUGGAUGCACGAGCACCACCCCCGGACGCUCGCCUGCAACAUCGCCGCGCUCGCCGAGUUUGGCUACCUCAAGGACUUCCCCGAGCUGCUCUUCCGCCUCAUCCACGGCCCCGACGUGCGCAAGGUUGCCAAGGCAGGCGGCCGCCGAGGCCGAGAAAGCGCGGAAGAAGGAGAAGGCGCUCGGCCACAGGCGGGCGGCCCUCCGCACCAGGUUGGCCAGCCGGCGGAGAAGGAGAAGGCGCUCGGCCGCAGGCGGGCGGCCCUCCGCACCAGGUUGAGCAAGGCCCUAGUGGUUGAGGCCGUCCCUGUCUCCGUCGCGGUCCCGGAGGCAGCCGAUCAGAAGCCGGAGGCGAUGGAGGCCGUCCCUGACCCCGUCGCGGUCCCGGAGGCAGCCAAGCAGAAGCCGGAGGCGAUGGAGGCCGUCCCUGACCCCGUCGCGGUCCCGGAGGCAGCCGAGCAGAAGCCGGAGGUGAUGGAGGUGGAUCAGAAGAAGACCUCCCCACGUAAGCCGGAGAUGUCCAAGAAGGUCUGGAAGGUUGCCAAGCUCGCCGUGCAGUCGCUGGAGACGUACUACGGCGACCGGGCAUACCGUUUCCUGUUCGACGCCGUCGCAGACUUCUUCGCCGCGCUCCUCACCUCGGACCUCGAACAGCUUUCCCACGGCGGGAAGACGAUGAAGAUCGGGCUCGCCGCCAAGUGGUGUCCCACGCCGGGCUCGUCGUUCGACCGCACCACGCUGCUCUGCGAGGCCAUCGCUCGUCGCCUCUUCCCGCGCGACUCUGACCCCGAGUACGCCCAACUCUCGGACGAGCACUACACGUACUGCGCCCUCCACCGCCUCCGCCAUCAGGUGCUCGUGCCGCUGCGCAAGGUCCUGAAGCUUCCGGAGGUGUACAUGAGCGCGCAGCGGUGGUCCGAGCUCCCCUACACUCGAGUGGCCUCGGUGGCCAUGAGGCGCUACAAGUUCCUGUUCAAGAAGCACGACGAGGUGCGCUUCGGCAGGUACCUGGAUGACGUGAAGGCCGGCAAGGCCAAGAUCUCGGCGGGCGCGCUCCUGCCACACGAGAUCGCCGCGGCCGCACUCCGUGGCCAGGAGGACGACGUCUCGGAGCUUCAGUGGCGCCGCAUGGUGGAGGACCUCCGCUCCAAGGGGUUGCUGCGCAACUGCAUCUCCGUCUGCGACGUGUCCGCCAGCAUGGAUGGCAACCCGAUGGAGGUGUGCAUCGCGCUGGGGGUGCUCACGUCGGAGCUCAGCGAGAGGCCGUGGAAGGGCAAGGUGACGUUCCAUUCAAGGCCCUCGAUCCACCUGAUCAAAGGCAAUACCCUGCGGGAGAAGAUGAAGUUCGUGGAGCGCUUGGAGUGGGGCGGGAGCACCAACUUCCAAGGGGUGUUUGACCAGAUCCUCUGCACGGCCGUGGACGCCGGACUCGCGCCGGAGAAGAUGAUCAGGACCGUGUUCGUGUACAGCGACAUGGAGUUCAACAUGGCGUCAGGCGCCUACUACGGCGGGGAACCGUCGUGGGACAGUGACUACGAGGUGAUCUGCAAGAAGUUCAGGGCCGCCGGCUACGGCGACGUGGUGCCGCAGAUCGUCUUCUGGAACCUGCGCGACUCCAGUUCGAUGCCGGUGACGUCGACCCAGCCCGGGGUGGCCAUGGUGAGCGGCUUCUCCAAGAACAUCCUCAAGAUCUUCCUGCAGAAUGACGGCGUGGUGAACCCCGAGGCCAUCAUGAUGCAGGCCAUCGCCGGCGACGAGUAG